AUGUGGAUCAUUAUAGUUAUAGGGCUGCUGAACCUCUUGGCUGGAUGUGGCAAACCAACAACAAACCGUAUUGUGGGUGGCCAGGACACGGUACGAGGGGAGUUUCCCUGGCAGUUGAGCUUGAGGAAGCUUGGGAUUCAUAACUGUGGGGGUUCUCUAAUUGACAGCCAGUGGGCCAUCAGUGCUGCUCAUUGUUUUGCACGGCCCAUCUUCCUCUCAGAUUACAAAGUGGAUCUUGGUGCAUACCAACUCUCAGUUCCUUCUGGAAUUGUUGUGGAUGUGGCUGCUGUUUACCUACACCCCACAUUUAGGGGGGCUGGUGGAAGUGGAGAUAUUGCUCUAAUCAAGCUUGCCAAGCCAGUGCAGUUUACAGACUACAUCAUUCCUAUUUGUAUUCCUACCCCAAACAUUGACUUUCCCAAUGGAGUGAAUAGUGUUGUAACUGGAUGGGGCACUAUCAGCCAACAAGUGAGUCUUCCAUAUCCACGCACUUUACAAAAGGUCCUGGUUCCUACAAUUGCCCGUGCUUCCUGUGAUCAAAUGUACCACAUUGACAAUCCCACGCUGCCAGCCAAUCAGAGCAUAAUAUUGUGGGACAUGAUCUGUGCGGGAUACAAGGCUGGAAAGAAGGGUUCAUGUCAGGGUGAUUCUGGAGGUCCCCUUGUUUACCAUUGGAAUGGGUCAUGGCUUCUCGCUGGAAUAGUGAGCUGGGGUUUUGGCUGUGCUCUCCCAAACAGGCCAGGUGUCUACACCAGCGUCACAGCAUAUUCUACAUGGAUUAAGGGAUACGUUCCUGGUCUCCAGCUAACACAAGCACAAAUCCCAGCACCUAACAACAGUGGUUAAUUAUCUUCAUCCUUGGGAAUCCUCGUCUACUCACUGCUCCUGCACAAACUUCUGUAAUAUCAUAUGGGCUAAAAACUUCAUUACUGGGACUUUAAGAUUUUGCCUUUGUUUCUUC